CGUCAGCUCGGGCGGCGGCGGGGCAGUGUCGGAACCAUGUCUGGGCGCGGGAAGCAGGGCGGGAAGGCGCGGGCCAAGGCCAAGUCGCGCUCGUCGCGGGCCGGGCUGCAGUUCCCCGUGGGCCGCGUGCACCGGCUGCUGCGCAAGGGCAACUACGCGGAGCGGGUGGGCGCCGGCGCCCCGGUGUACCUGGCGGCCGUGCUGGAGUACCUGACGGCCGAGAUCCUGGAGCUGGCGGGCAACGCGGCCCGCGACAACAAGAAGACGCGCAUCAUCCCCCGCCACCUGCAGCUGGCCAUCCGCAACGACGAGGAGCUCAACAAGCUGCUGGGCAAGGUCACCAUCGCGCAGGGCGGGGUGCUGCCCAACAUCCAGGCCGUGCUGCUGCCCAAGAAGACCGACAGCCACAAGGCUAAAAGCAAGUAAAAACCUGGGGACAAACAACCCAAAGGCUCUUUUCAGAGCCACCCACGUUUUCCCUGAAAGAGCUUUAACACAGUUGCAUGUCUCGGUGUUUAACAGGCUUGAAAAUUAACUUCAGACAUAAACAAAAUGUAAAUAGAAACCUUUUUAAGAAUACAGUUAUAAGAGUUUGCACUAAAUAAAAAGGUUAAUCUCUGGAAUA